GUCGCUCGCUCGAGAGAUUUUAUUUUUCAAGUUAAAAAACGAAGAACGGAGGCGGCCAUAGUUUAACAAAAGUGUUUUCUCGGAAAUGAAGGGCAUUUGACAUAUUCACAUCGUUUCACAGUGGUGAUUGUUCAGGAAAGUUAUACAAAUGAGCGCUAAAUUGGACGUAAACAGACGUGUCUUAGCUAUCCAAGCUAAAAAGAAGAGACACAAGCCUGGUAAGAAGAAGGGAAAAAACGAAAUGAAUGGUCAUGGUGGAGAGAAUCGACAUAAUACCAAGAGUGAACCAUCCCACAGCUCUAGUAAUGAAACCAUUGAAGAUCCAGACGAUCCCUACACGAGUGAAGAGGAAGAACAAGAAGACAGUACGGAUUAUCGCAAAGGAGGUUAUCAUCCUGUCAAAAUUGGCGACCUGUUUCUCAUGCGAUACCAUGUAACGAGGAAACUAGGUUGGGGUCAUUUUUCUACAGUAUGGUUGUGUUGGGAUCUUGAAGAUAAGAGGUUUGUUGCAUUGAAAAUAGUCAAGUCAGCUGAUCACUUCACAGAAACUGCCCUGGAUGAGAUAAAAAUUUUGAAAUCUGUAAGAGAAUCUGAUCCUUCAGAUCCCAAAAGAAAUAAAACUGUACAAUUAUUGAAUGACUUUAAAAUAAGUGGGAUAAAUGGUGUCCAUGUCUGCAUGGUGUUUGAAGUCCUUGGCCACCAUCUGUUGAAAUUGAUUAUUAAAUCAAAUUAUAGAGGGAUUCCUUUGGCUAAUGUUCGUACAAUAAUGAGGCAAGUGUUGGAAGGUCUAGAUUACUUACACACUAAAUGCAAAAUUAUACACACCGAUAUCAAACCAGAAAAUGUUUUGAUUUGUGUUACUGAAGAAGCUAUCCGUCGAUUAGCCUGUGAAGCAGCAGAGAUGCACCAGCUAGGUUUGAAAUUGCCCACUUCUCUUGUUAGUACUGCUCCUAUAACAGAAGCUCAGCAAGUAAAAAUGAGCAAAAAUAAAAAGAAAAAGCUAAAGAAAAAAGCAAAACGACAAAAUGAAUUACUAAAACGACAAAUGGAACAGAUUAUUGAACUUGAGGAACAAAAAAAAGUUAAAGAAAAUGGUGAUGUAAAUGACUUGAAUGUCAAUGGUGAUACAGAUUGUAAUGGUACUUCACCGAGCCCGGAAACCACACCAGAAUUAGAAGAGAAACUAUCCAAUGGUUGUGUUGAAGAACUAGGAGCUGGAGAAGCUCCUAUAUGUGAGCAAGCAGGAGAUGAGCCAAUCAUGCAUAUGUGUGAAGAUGAUUCCCCUUUGAACUCUAGAAGCGAGAGCAAAAAAUUAGAUCUUGAUCCUGCCUUUGUUGAAUGUGAUUUUGACGUAAAAAUUGCUGAUUUAGGCAAUGCGUGCUGGGUGGACAAACAUUUCACAGAAGAUAUUCAAACUAGGCAGUACAGAUCUCUGGAAGUACUGCUGGGUGCUGGGUACAAUACAUCUGCUGACAUUUGGAGUACUGCGUGCAUGGCGUUCGAGCUAGCUACUGGAGAUUACCUAUUCGAACCUCAUUCUGGUGAGGAUUAUUGUCGAGAUGAGGACCACCUAGCCCACAUUAUUGAGCUACUGGGAAAUAUACCAAGGAAAAUUGCCCAAAGUGGUAAAAACUCUAAACUGUUUUUCAAUAAGAAGAACGAACUACGUCAUAUUACUGGCUUGAAGCCUUGGGGUCUAGAGGAGGUGCUCACAGAAAAGUAUGAUUGGGCAAGAGAAGAUGCUAUAGAUUUUGCCACGUUUCUGAGACCCAUGCUAGAUUUUGAUCCCGAUAGACGUGCUACUGCUUCCGACUGCUUAAAACAUCCAUGGCUGAAUAAAAAGUGAGCUUAAGCUCUAUAUAGGUGACUGAUUUCAUUUUAUUGCUUGUUUGACAUUAUAGUGCAUUUUAGUACAGUUCGAAAUUAUUCAUACUUGAUGCAUUAUGUCCAAUUUAUUAUUUAUUUUAUCCGGUUCAACAGGGCCUUCAUUUGAUGUACAUAGGUUUGUAAUAGAAAAAUUGUGAUGUAUGUGUUUUAUAGACAAUAUUAAUGUCCUCCUUGGCUACUUUUUCUGUCUGGUGAACAGUUUUGUUUUGCCUCAAAUGAGUUUUAUCUGUAAAAUAAAUCUGCUGGUCCUGUAUAUGUAACUCUCAAUCUUUAUUUUUUCAAAUUGAACAAAUGUUCUGUAUUAAUAAUGGUGUAUUAUACACGUGUUGUUGAUAUAUUUCUGUUCUGUAUCAGCGUUUCUGUUUACUUCAUUUUGAAUAUUUAUAUCAGCUGUGUAAAUCCAAGUAAUGGCUUUGAAUGGAAAAAUCUAUGCAAUGAUAUUUCAUCAACUUGUUUGAGAUAUCAUUUAGACAAUUGAUAGGCACCUAUAAUAAGUUGUGGCCAAGGAGAAAUUGUAGAUCAGUCUACCCUAAUAAUCUUAGAAUCAAGGUAACAUAUGUUAUCGAUUUCCAUACUAGUGAAGCACCAAUAUUUGUAUUGAUACCAUAUUGACUACAUAUACAAUGUACAUUGAAUCUCUAAAUUCUAAGUAUAUGAUGAAUUCCUA